GCAAAGGUGGUGUGGUGCUCUUCCUUGAUUUGAUUAGCUUAUGAGUUUGAGCUUGGAGCUAUGGCGGAUUUACCUGGGAAGGAGGAGAGCUACCUAUACGGCCUUAAAUAGCUAGCUGAGAGGAAGAAGAAGCGUCCCUCCCUGUCCUCCCUCUCUCUCUCUCUCUCUCUCUCUCCUCUCUCUCGCUUUCUUCGUUUUCUGGGAAUGUGGUAUGGAGGAAAUCCCGUUGCGAGGUUUCUGGCGACGACCAGGAGGGGGAAAGAGAAGAAGAAGACGAAGAAGCAAAUACGUUUAGAUUGAUGGAUGGAUGGAUUGAUUGAUAGAUCCAGCAAGCACGUGUGGAGCUAGCGAGAGCAGCGCAGUGGGGUCGCUCUGGCACGCGCUAAUCCGGAGGAUCGCGUGAGCUCGAUGAUUUUCUGGAGCUCUCUCGCGAUGGAUUGAUUGCUUGAUAGCGGCCAUUGACGGGGAGGUGGCUGCUGGCGGCGAAUUUCCCCGUCGCCCUAGCGCAGCUUACCCGGCGCAUCGAUCGAUGGGUUCUUCCCAACCGCAAAUGACGGAGAUCAUCCCAACUCCUCGGAAAUUUAGGGUUCUUGGGAUAACUUGAUAAACCCUAAAAUCUUCUUUCUCUGGGACGAGCGAUUGUGCUGCCGCUGCGGGACCAGCGCGUCGCGGCGUGCAGCUGGAAGGCCCGGCCGCUGGAGAGGCGGGCGAAAGAUCUCCAGGGUUUUCGGAGCUAGGGCAUGCGGCAUUGCAUGCAGCGGCAGCAGGAGCGCGAGCGAUGGAGGUGGAUGUGUGCGACGAUUCUCGCUUUCUUGCCGGGGAGCUUGUCGAGGUCAGGAAGAAUGGAACGCGAAUUUGCUGGUGCCCGGCAAAGGUUGUGGAGGCCCGAGCUAGAAUUAGGAUAGUGGAGUACGAUUCUGGUGGGAAAGAAUCGAUUUCUCUAGGCAGGAAUUCCGAGGCAUCCAGUCGGGUGAGACCAAGACCGCCGGAUCGCUCGGAAAUGUGUCGUGGAGACUGGCAGAGGGGGCUCCGCGUAGAGGCAUUCGACGAUUCUUGGCGAGAAGGCCUGCUGCUGGACGUUCCCGGGGUCUUCUCGACGCAUGUACAGGUGUUCUUCCCGGAUGACGGGGAGAAGCAGGAGUUUAGUGUGGAUAGUUUGAGGGUAUCCCAGGCAUGGGAUGCUUCAACAAAUGCGUGGAGUGGCAGGGGUUGCGGGGCUUUGGACGGCGUGGUUGACGCUGGAAUUAGCAGGUUUUCGAAGCCUCAAAAGACCUUUCAGCGGAAGAAGAAGCGGAAAGAAGUGGAGAGCGUGGAACCCGAGGCCAAGAAACCGAAGAAGGAAGUUCAAGUAAAGCAGGAACUCGAUGGGAUUCAACCGGAAGCUCUUCAGACUGGUGCUUCCUCAGACUUGGUGGUGGAUGUCAAGAACGAGUCGUUAGAGCCCGAGUGGAUGGAAGACAGUGAUUUGAAGCCGGAUAAUUCACGUACGUUCCAGCCGGACGGCGACGGCGAAGGUUACUGCCUCACAAGGACGCUGUCGAUUCCUGUGUGCUGCAUAAACACGCAGGCGGAGGAUUCGUUGUUUGGAGACGAGCACAAGGUUAGCGAGGACGACAAAGUUGACGGGAGUUGUAGCGAGCGUGCCUUGUGCACGAUGGAUAGCAGCAGCCAGGGGAGCUUUCAUUCUGCUCACGACGUGAAUGUCGAGCGGAACAGACUGGCUCUUUCGCGAAUGCUCAAGAGGCAGAAGGUUCCCAUUGAUUACAGCCGGAGAGAGGAGUCACUCAAGGCCGCUCGCGAGAAUGCGAUCAAGAACCUUGAGGAGUCCGGCUGGAAGAAGGGUUACAGAGAGAGACAUCGAGAGAGUCGAGUUUCCAAUGAGGCCUACUACAUCUCACCGGAUGGGACUAGCUAUCACUCGCUGACUUCGGCAUGCAAGGCUUGGAUGCAGCAGAACAAAAACGUCCCCAAGCCUGUGAGGGACGCCAUGCACUCGUAUCAGCUUCAAAUAAUCGUGAGAAGGAAGCCUGGGGAGCUGCUACCUGAUUCAAAUGGCGGAAAGAGGAGGUUGAGGGCAUCGAAGAAACUGGACCCGUCAAUGAAGUCCAAGAAGAGCGAACGGCCAAGGCUGAACGCUCUUUUGUUGGCUCCAGAUAGGGGGAAGCAGGAUGGCGGAGACGAGAAGGCCAACAAGCGCAUGUCGAUUUUCUCCUGGCUUAUAGACGGAGAAAUCUUAUCAGAGGGCGCUGCGGUCUCAUACGUGAACAAGGACUCAAACCAAGUUGCGAGUGGGGUGAUCAGUCGCGAUGGAAUCUUGUGCAAGUGCUGCAACGAGGUGUUUAGCAUGACGAGCUUCCAGGUUCACGCAGGCGAUGAAGUUCACAGGACGGCCGCACUGCUAACUCUGGAAGAUGGCCGCUCUGUGCUUGAGUGCCAGAAGCAGGCCCUCAAGAAGAUAGAGCAAGCGAAGUGCGAUGAGCCUGCGAACGGGCAGCUUACCGUGGAUGAAAGUGAUGAAUGUUGCGGUCUCUGCGGAGAGGGUGGUCAGCUCAUAUGCUGUGAUCACUGCCCAGCAACGUUCCACCUCCAUUGUAUUCUGCUAAAGAGCCUUCCGGAAGGAGAUUGGUUCUGUCCGAGGUGCCGCUGUCCUGUUUGUGGCGCUGGUCAGUUCGAUGGGCGCGAAGUUUUAUAUUGCACCCAAUGCGAACGUAACUAUCAUGUCGAGUGUCUCAACGACGGAGGCGCGUCUUUUGCUUCAAGUCGUUUCUGUAGCCAAACGUGUCGAAAGAUCUUCUGUGGCCUUAGAGAACUCGUCGGAAAAACGAGCCCCAUGGACGGAGGAUUUAGUUGGACCCUUCUCCGUUCCGCGGACCUUGACGAGGAUGCGGAUAUGGAAACGGUAACCGCACACUGUAGUAAAAUUGCCCUCGCUCUUAGCGUGAUGCGAGAGUGCUUCUCGCCCAUGAUUGAUCCCCGGAGCAAAAUCGACAUAAUUGCUCAUAUUUUGAAGAAUCGAAGUGCCGAUGUGAAAAGGCUGGAUUUUCGUGGAUUUUACACCAUCCUCUUGGAAAACAACAAAGAUGAGCUCAUAUCAGUUGCUGCUGUUAGAGUUCAUGGCACCAGUAUUGCGGAGAUGCCACUGAUUGGAACGCGGCUUCAAUAUCGUAGGCAAGGAAUGUGCCGGCGGCUUUUGGAGGUGAUCGAGCAGGUGCUCAGAUCACUGAAUGUACAUACAUUGGUUUUGCCGGCGGUUCCCGAGCUUCUAGACACUUGGAUCGGUGCUUUCGGCUUUCAGAAAGUCUCGCCUUUCCAAUCAGUCCGGCUCCUGGAGCUGAGCAUUGUUGGAUUUCCGGGAACGAAAGUUUUGCAGAAACCUCUGACGUGGUUGAAUUUGUGCCGAAAGAUUGCGCCACCUCUAGCGGAGAAGCCCUGGGCGCCAGGCAGCAAGUUGCAUAUGGGACUUGAACCGGAGCCGAGGAGGAAGCCUAAACAACAGAAACAUCCAGCACCGAAAACAGAAGAAAUCAGCAAAGAAGUUGGAACUCCGACGCCUGUUUUGCCAGAGCCUGGUAAUGCAGUGGCUCUUCUCCAAGAGGAAGUUCCAGCCUUGAAGGAAGGACCCACAGAGGACUCGAGGAUAGUUGUUGCCAAAACGAGAUCGAACCGGCUGGUGAAAACAUCGAAAAGAGUGGCCGAGGCUUUGAAGACGCUCACAAACAAGAAGUUUCAGCCGCCGGAAGACGCAGCGGAAGAAACGGAGGAGGUGGAGAACACCAGCGAGUUAUCGUUUCUAAAGCUGGGAUCGUCACAUAUCGUUCUAGACAGCGCGGAGCUCGGCGCUGCUCCCACGGCCAGCGGCUCGGAGAUCGUAGAGCUCGCGUCCUCAAACAACGAGACGAGAGAAGAAGAGAACAGCCACGCCGUGGUGGUGGAUCCAAAAGAAACUUUGGAGCAACAGCAGGCUACUCCGGAGAACAAGAGCGACGAGCUCGUCUUUCUCUCCAGGAUGAAGGGAAAGACGUGCGUUACCUGUGGAACCAGCGAGACACCGAUGUGGAGAAAAGAUCCAGGAGGUAUUAAGCACUUGUGCAAUGCUUGCGGCAUUCGAUCGAAGAAGAAACAGCACCAAAACUCAACCGAGAAUUUCACUUGGGAGUACGAAGAAGAAUGUGAGUGUUGAUACAGGAGUUUUUCAUUCAAUGGACAAGAAGAAAAAAAGAGAAAGAAAAAGAAAAGGCCGUUAGAUCGCU